UCUUCCAUUCACUUCAUUUCGUUUCCACAUUGAUGGACGCUAUUCAUCAAUCAUUCGCUAAAGAAGCUACCCAUAUUUUGGAAACCGGCAUUGGUGCAAGGAUAGCUAGAAUCCAGCGUGUGAUUGAAGACCAUCCAAUCGAAGCCUCGGCUUCAUCGACCAACAGUAAUAAGCGACGGAUGUUGAACACCGGGGAAAUCGUACGCGUGACCAAUAAUCCAUCCAUGGAGGAAUUAAUGACAGCGGUUCGCGAAGAAGCAGGUUAUUUACUGAUGUACUCCAAAACAGUGAAAGGAUGGUGUCGAAGUCAGACGAUUCACAAGGCAAAUGACUCGCAAAACGAAUCCUCCUUUUCCACCGUGGCGCGUGAUGCACCAACAUCCAAGGAAGCCAUGGAACUUGAGGAGAUAUGGUGUAAAGUGAUCAACAAAGGCACCAUUGACGCCGAAAAAUAUGCCUCCAACAUACUAGACAACUUGAAGCACUAUCUUCAGGAUAAAGACGGGCAGAAUAGGAACCAAGUCGAUUGUGAAGCGCCAUGUCCUUCAAUGUCGUCCUCCAUCGAUGAUAUUAUCAUUAUCCAAUGGUGCGCCCAACUGCGAGAAAUGUGCAGUCUCUAUAUGACUUAUUGGCAUUCGGGUCUUCUUUUGCAUAAAGCCCAUAAGAAUUAAUGGGUCUUUCUCGGGUGUCCAUUCUCAUAUUUGAUCAACGAACUUUCCCAAGCGACCAUUCAAUGUGUGAAGAACAACCCAACCACACUGCUGCAAAAUGAUAAUCAAAAACAAGAUAUGCUCUGUACAUGAAAAGUUUAUUACUUGCAUAAAAAUGGCCAAUCGCAAACGCAAGUCAGCUUUUUUUUUUUUUUGAUCCAUG